AUGGGAAUCCCCGGACUCAUUAAUGCCAUCGGCCCUGGAGAACGGGUUUCACUAUCCAAACUGGCCAUAACGCAUUUGGAACAAACAGCAAGGCCCAUUCGGAUCGCAGUUGACAUCUCAAUAUGGCUGUUCCAGGUGCAGGCAGGGCGAGGCGGAAGGAACCCCGAAAUCCGGACACUAUUCUACCGACUUUUGAAAUUUUUGGCCUUACCCAUUCAUCCUCUCUUUGUCUAUGAUGGGAAGAACAAGCCGCCAUUUAAGCGGGGGAAAGCGGUUUCUGGACAGGGAAAUGCGCCUAUUAUCCAGAUAUCGAAGCGCUUGAUUGACCUGUUCCGGUUUCCCAGACAUGAUGCCCCGGGAGAGGCAGAGGCGGAAUGCGCGAAUUUGCAGAGAGCGGGUAUCGUCGAUGCAGUCAUGAGCAAUGAUGUUGAUGCUAUGAUGUUCGGGUCGAAGAUGACUAUCAUGAAUUUCUCCAAGGAGAGUGGUAGUACCACUUCCGCGUCACAUGUCACCUGUUACCGGAUGGACAGUCAAGCGGCUACGUCCAAUGUUAAUCUCGACCGUCCUGGUAUGGUUCUCUUCGCGAUGCUAAGUGGAGGUGACUACCUGCCAUCUGGUGUUCCGAAGUGUGGUAGCAAAUUGGCAGCAGAGAUCUCAAAGGCUGGCUUUGGAUCGGAUCUUUUGGACGCAAUCAAUGCUAAAGGAACAAAAAGGACGGAGCAGUUGAGCGAAUGGAGAGAAAGACUCCAAUAUGAAUUGGAAGCGAACGAAAGUGGCUACUUCAAUACCAAGCACAAGGCUGUCCGGAUUCCACAAAGUUUUCCAGAUCAGACGAUUUUGGAGUAUUAUGCGUCGCCUGCUGAGUCCAAUGCCGAAGAACUUGCAUUGUUGCAACGCCGUUUGAUCAACGCUUGGGACCAGGACAUUGAACCUUUGGAGAUUAGGCAUUUUGCCGCAAGAUUUUUUGAGUGGAACUACCGCUCUGGAGCGCGAAAAGUGAUACGGCUACUUGCGGAACCUUUGGUUUCUUAUAAAAUCCGUCUCAGGAGACAACUGAAUGGCUCAAAAUUGUCGAACAGCGAUAUUCCUAUGUUGCGGAAAGUCUACAAAAGUCGCGCCAGCUAUAGCACAGAUGGUCUGACGGAAUUACAAGUCGAUGUCAUUCCAAUAAACGUUGUUGGUCUGGACCUUUUCGCAGAGGAACCUAACCCUCCGCUUCCAUCACAGGCAUCAGAGGAGGCGGCAGCAUCCGGUGACGAAGUAGAUGAUGACCCCGAAGCCCCUGUUGAAUCUGCCCCCCAAUCCCCGGUCAAGAAACGGGUAAAUAAGCGCUAUGACCCCUACGCACCAGAGAAGAUGUGGGUUUUCGAAGCGUUAGCCAGAAUCGGCAUCCCAGACGUGGUCGAACAAUGGGAAAAAGAACAAGCUGCGAAGUUAGCGGCAAAGAAGCCAACUAAUCGAAAGACAGGCCCUAAGAAAAAGGGACCGCUGGACCCGGGGAUGAAGCACGGAAGUAUUUUGAAAUACGGUACACUCACGAAGCCACGGCCGGAGGUCUCUCAGUUCAAACAAGCGCAGCUAUUCGAGGCAGCAAUCCCCAGUACACCGAACUCAAGCCAGAGCCCAAAGAUGGCAUCACGAAGUCACACACGUACAGCAUCUUCAAAUCCCCACAUGCCAGGUCCUGGGACAUCCUGGGCCACCAGUCUGGACAACCUCGUUGACAUUUUCUCCCCCUCAUACGCAAUACCUCCCGAAUUGAGCGCAAAGCGCCGUAGCCGGGGGAGGCCCCGUCUCGAAUCCCGGCGCGCAGCGAUCUGCUCAGACGGCAUCGAACUAGUCGAUUCGGAAGCGUCAGGCGAUGAGUUUACCUUGAACAAACCCUCGCCACCGCCAAUCCGUCCGCAGAGGCUCAAGAUCAGCGUCGACUAUCCGGUCUUGCCAGAGGUAGAGGAGAAACCCAAACCAAAGGCGAAGACGAAGAUCACCACGCCGCCAUCAUCACCCUCUCCGACCAAGAAGAGCAACAGACGCGCCCUGAGAGUUAUCCAGGACGUACCUGAAGAUCGGAAAACCGUCGAAAAGCUGGGCGAAUUUUUGUCCAAGCCAUCAUCAAAACAUAACCCCGUUUCUGAUGGACAAGCUGAAGCCCAUGAUUGCGUCGAAUCAGCUUCCCCAAAGCGCCGGUCGCCGAGGAAGAAGACACCACCAACACCAAGUACUGACAAACCCACCCCAGAGCACAAGAAAGACAAUAAAACUUCGUCAGUUAUGAAAUAUCUUCUGCAGGAGUUACCAGACAAGAAAAAAGAGAAGAAACACCAGGCACCGAAACAACGCGCGAAGGAGAAUAAAGAGCCAUCACCGUCUGGAUCUCUCGAAGCCAAAGACUCCAAAGAACAGACCAAACCGAUCGAAGACCGGUCAAGUACCACAAAAGGAACAUCACAGCACGUCGACGCUGUAAUAUGGCACGAUAGUUCCUGGACUGUGGAGCCUGCCCUCGAAUCUGAGAAUAAUAAUGACCGCGCAAAGGAUGGUGAUGACUUGGGGAGUCAAGGCAGAGAGACGAAGGCGAAGAAGAAGCGCAUUCCGCGUGUUAGCAUCUUGGACUUGACCUGA